AUGCUGAUGAUGAUGGAGAACAGCGGCAUGGAUGCGCAUCAGGUUGAUAUCGAUUCGGAAUUUGAGCCUCACGGUCGGCCGCGGUCCUGCACCUGGCCGCUGCCGUGUCCGGAGGAUUUCCCGGGGGGAGAAGAGGCGAGUCGAGGUCUGGCCCUGGCAUCGGUCAAAGUGGAGCAGUACAACGUGCCUGCGUGCCGGGCCGAGAGAAAAGGCGGCGCUCCGGCGGAGAUAAAGCAUCCAGCCGGCGCCCCAGCCCCCGUCGUGGCCGCUCCUGCCUGUAUGUCCGGGGCUGCGCUCGAUGUGGCCGGCCAGCUGCGCAAAGCCAAGUCCUCCCGGCGGAACGCAUGGGGAAACCAGUCCUAUGCAGACCUCAUCACCCGUGCCAUCGAGAGCGCCCCGGAAAAGAGACUCACCCUGUCACAAAUUUAUGACUGGAUGGUUCGCUUUGUUCCUUAUUUCAAGGAUAAAGGCGACAGCAAUAGUUCAGCCGGCUGGAAGAAUUCAAUCAGACACAAUCUGUCCCUGCAUACUCGCUUCAUCCGCGUGCAGAAUGAAGGGACCGGAAAGAGUUCCUGGUGGAUGCUGAACCCAGAGGGAGGGAAGAUGGGGAAGGGACCCAGGCGACGGGCUGCCUCCAUCGACAAUGGCACCAAGUACCUGAAGACCAAGGGUCGUGUCAGCAGGAAGAGAGCAGGGGCCAUGGGGCUGGGUCGGGGCCAAGGACAUGGGGCUGGGCCUGGGAUACAGGGCUCCCCAGAACAUGGCAGUCCUGCAGGGAAGGGAGGUGUAGGCAUAGGAGGGGAGGAGUAUGAUACCUGGACUGAUCUCCAUUCCCGCACCUCCUCCUCUGCCUCCACGCUGAGUGGCUGCCUGUCUCCGAUCCUGGCCGAGGCAGAGGCUGAUGAACCAGAGGAAGGGGGUCUGUCUUGCUCAGCUUCACCCCGACUUUACCCAAGCCCCACCAGCACCCGCUCCCCAGCCCUGGGCACUGGGGGCCACUGCCCCUCUGUUGAGCUUCCUCAGCUCACCGAUCUCACCGGGGCAAUCAGUCUAGAUGAGAGCGGCUAUUCCCAGCCGCCACAACUCAAAUGCAAUGGUUACCCCUACGUGCCUGGGCCCAAGGCAGAGGGUUCCUACUGCGGGCCCGUCUAUGGACAGCCGUCCAUAGGCAUGCUGCGGCACCACACCCCCAUGCAGACCAUCCAGGAGAACAAGCCGGCCAGCUUCCAGCGCCCCCUGAGGGGCUACUCAGAGAACAACGCCUUGCAGAGUCUGCUGACCGGAGGCCCUCAGUACUGCAGCAAAGACAUCGUGCUGGGCCAGGGACGGGACACACAUGCACUAAUGACACAGGGAACCAAUGGCGUUCACAACCAGCACAGCCACAAUCAGAGCCGCAGCCACAAUCAUAACCACAAUCACAGCCAGGAGCACGCUCACAAUCCCAGUCUACAUAAUGGCCACGGCUCGGUCCAUGACCAGAACACAAGCCACCAUCACAACCACAAUCAGGGUCACAAACACCACCCCAACCUCGAUUACAGCCACAAGCCCCACCCGGCCCACGAUUACAGUCAUAGUCACGAGCAGAGUCACAAACUAAACCCCAGCCAUGAUCACACCCCUCGCUCAAGCCAGAGCCACAUGCAUAGCCACAACCCCCUUAACCCCAUGCACAGCGGCCCCCGCCCCCAGGCCCUCUCCCCUCGUGUCAGCACUGACAUCCUGCAGCCCUACAGCCUCAAAACCUCCAACCACUACGGGCCCCGCCCUCACCUCCCAACAUCACCGUCCCUGCCGCCCAACCCGGCCGCUGUCAUGGACGUUCCGCAGGAUCCCUGCCGUCUGGCGUCCGCCCCCCACCCCCGUCACCAGCCUUACCCCGGGGCCCUCCACCAGGGUAUGACCGACUCCUGGCUCAGCUACUACCACCACAGCCACCAGUCGGGGACCUCUGGUUACCAGGGGCAACAACACAGCUCCCACAGCAGAAUGGCUGCUGACCUGGAGAUGGAGAGCAUCCCCACCAGCCUAGACUGUGACGUGGACUCCAUCCUCCUCAAUGACUUUAUGGACACAGAGGGUAUGGACUUCAACUUUGACGGCUCUCUGUCCCAAGGCGUGGGCAUGGGCAUGGGCAUGAGCUUAGGGGCGUUUGCUUGCCCUCCACCGGCACACAGCAACCAGAGCUGGGUGCCAGGGUGAACCCGGGCCCAAGGGCUCGGACAGAGACACGACAGGAACGCUCACCCACCAGUCCAGG